CACUGGGUGAAAGCUGGAACAUAUGCAUUGUACCCAGUGCCCUUCCCAGUCUUGAGUUGCCGAAAGAAAAGAAAGCUCCGAUGUAAACACGUUGUCAUUAGCAUUCUAUUGGGGCUUGACAUGCAUGGUUAACAGGUUGCACAAAACAAGGCAUAUAGCACUUCAUCAACAUUAAAUUAACGCCGUGUUGACCAGAGUUAAUGGGUAAUGCGCGCCGUGCAAUGAUUAAUGAGGCCUGUGGUGACGCGCGGACUGAACUUGGCAAAUAAGAGGACGGGGUUUUGCGGGUUUUUGGUGAGAUGCCAGUGGAAGGUUUGGGUGGUGGGGUUUGCUUUAGUUAUCGCAAACUGUGCAAGUUACACAUGGCUCGACCAAUGGCUGCGGAGCACCACGUGGGAACAGGUUGUUCAGGUUGGUCGUCGCUGCGCCGAGGAGUUGGACUAGUGUUCUGACUGAACUCAAACACUGGUCGUGCGCAAAACCACACACACAAACUCACACACACUCACUCACAGCGGUGGAACCUAUACCCUCAGCACACGGGGCAAGAAGCUUGCUUAGAAACUUUACUUUGGCACCUGUCCCGAGCGCACACGGUAGAACUUGCCCUGCGUUCUCCCGAGCGGACACAUAACUCAUACCAGGUGGAGGGAGACCCCGCGACGCCCGGCUGCGCUUCUCCCAGCUCCGGUUCACCCCCGGUACGAGCCGCGUCAAGGAGAUAGCAAGGGCACCAAACAUGGUGGACUACCUCCGCACCAACUCGAGUUUAGAACGCGAGCAGUGGACGCUGCAGCGACUCAACUCCUUCGAGGACAUCAGCGACAGCUCGAGCUCGACCUCCUCGGUGUCGUCCGACAGGUUGAGUCCCGGGAGUGGGUCGUCAGAUCUCAGCCCGUGUUCAGAGGACGGGGACGUCUUUCUCGACUACUUGUUUUCGCAGGGGCUGGCCGACGCGAUGGACCGGGCGCACGCAGAGCUCUCGUGGGAUGACAUGGCAGCUGAGUACAGGUCGCAAACCGAAGCCAUCGAUCACCAACCACCACACGUGGCUUCAGACGGUAUACCUAAAGACCUCGUAGACCUCUUUUUAAAGGACGAUUACUUCGCCCCGACUGACGAGAAAGUCGGUAUCAUCACCGCCGCCGCAAGCCCGCAGUUCGCCGCGGAGCCGUACUUCGCCGAGCCCGCGCCGCCACAGCUACUGUCGGGCCAUCAGGAUGUCAAUCAACCCGCCAUGCCUGUCGAUCUGUCCACCGCCAGUCACCGACACGUGUCCCCCAAACCCGUGGUCAAAACUGUGGAUGUGACGAAGCAAGUCCUCACCCUACCCCUCAAGCCCAACAAGCCCCCGCCGGUCCUGAUCAAGACCGUGAAGAUGCCCGUGCCGAUCUCCCCCAAGCCCGUCCAGACCAGGCGGGAGAUCUCUCACCACCAGCCGGCCGCUCAGGUAGCGAUGGUCGGCGGUCUGCGGGACAUGUCGGCGGACCUCGACAACAGCGACCUCCGUAUACACAAGUGCAGCUACGCGGGAUGUUCCAAGACCUACACCAAAAGUUCACAUCUGAAGGCCCAUUUGCGGCGUCACACCGGUGAGAAGCCGUUCGCCUGCACGUGGCCCGGCUGCCAGUGGAGGUUCUCCCGGUCCGACGAGCUGGCCCGGCACACGCGCUCCCACUCCGGAGUCAAGCCCUACCAGUGCACCAUGUGUCACAAGCGGUUCUCCCGCUCAGACCACCUCUCCAAACACAUCAAGGUCCACGUCCAACGCCUGGCCAGGACCAACCGGAUAUGACGUCACGCAGAGGCGGAAGUGACGUCUCCACGCACAGACUGUAUAUUAGGGAAUUUACGUACAUAGAACGUAGCUGUAGGACUGCGCACUUCGUUGUCAUAAGACAAUCAUGUCAUUCCUAUGGAGUGAAAAAAACAGCAAAAUCAAUUGCAAGGGACUUCAGACUCGGCAUCUUGACCUUUUGUGACCAUUGAUAACUCUUCGAGGGAAUUUAGUAUGGCAAGGCAAGACUUAGAGUCAGGACACGUGACCCCUCUAUUUUGCUUGAACUGGUGGCUACGGACUGGAUGGAACAAUGUGAUCGCAGGGUCACGAACAUGUGGUCGGCUAGAGGUCAACGCAGGACACCGUCUACAGAGAGAAGUGCAAAGAGAAGCGCCACCCCUGCUAGCGAAUGGGCUCUCCCAAAAGGAAACCCAACAGAAGUGCCUUACCGAAGGUCGUGGGACGGUACUUGUAUCAAAAUAGGACAGGACAAAUCCCGUCACUCCUGGCAAGAGCUGGUGAUUCCAUUACCCCAAAGGGGUGAACUUUUCUCACAAACAGUUGCCACUGAUUUCCAUCAAAGGAUCGGGAACAAAACAAGAGUGCGUCUUGAAGGGACCUGAGAACUCCACAACAUUAUGUACUUAACUGCCAUCAUUGCUUAAAACUUAAUUACUUGUGAUACUUAAUGAAGAAACGUGAAGUUAGAGAUACGUGUUAACGUGUAUGUGCUAACAGAAUUGAGAAAUACAUUCGCCCCUAGGGCGUCGCCAAAAAUACGAAAUCUGACAGUUUGGAUCGAAAUACACUUUACCAAUGAUUACUGUGCCUAGAAGAUUGUCCGGAGGAAAACAUACAUACGGUAUAGGUAUAUUGGAACAAGGUAUGUUGCCCAGAAAAGUGUUGUCUUUAAGAGCUUAAGGGAGAGAUUACUUUCUUUCAUGGUAGCAUACACAGUAAGAUAAAACAUAGCGUUGAACAAACAAGAAAAAAAACACUAACAAACAAAAACAAUAGGUCAGAUAGAUAUAAUGUUAAAAGUAAAAGCUAUGCACUUGUCAAUGUACGACCCAAGCAGUGGGGAGAAGGGUUGACAUCAAUGCCUCAAUAUGGUGUCUUAUUCGUGACGUCACAGCCGCCAUAUUGGUUGGUUAAACCUGUACGCCUUGGAUUUAUAAAUGUGUCUGUGUGUACUGAAUCAUGUGACUGUCACAUAUUCAAAUUCACCUGCAAACUUUCAGAUUUAACUAGCCAACAUGGCGGACAAUACAUUUACAAAUUGUACUGUGAUGGAGGUUAGCGCUGUGUCAUAUGUAUGGGGCUUCUGUACCCCCUUUCCCCCCUUGGAAUGUUCAUGGACCAGGGGCAUUAUCCAGGGGUUACAAGGGAAUGGCCACGAAAUCACAAUACAUCACCUUUAUUUCUUUUGUAAAAGGUCUACAUUGUCUACUUUGGGUUUUAAAAUCAGGCAGCUACAAUGAAUCAUUAUUCGGUGAGCACAUCCUUAGGAAAUAGAAGUGGGUGGCCCUUUGAUAUCAAAAGGGAUUUUGUUUAUAUGAUUAGAAUGUUUUGGUUUGAAAAGCAAGAAAUGUAAAAAGGGCCAAGAAAGGUCGUACCAGUAAUGGACAGUGUCGAAAAGGAGUGGUUUGAAAAUAACACAUUUAAAGGGAGGGGCCAUGUGAAUUUUUCUGAUCCCAAAUACCGAGCUAUUUUGUUUGAAUAGCACUAGAGGGACAUUAACAGCUAGCCAAACGCUGUAGCAAGGCCUAGAACAAACAAUUCUAAACCCAAGUAAAAUAUUGUCAUGUCGACGCGUUUUAAAAACAAACAUGGUGAUUUAGUGGCCGUUCCCGAAACCCCAACAGUGUACAUGUGUAAGUCAAAACAUAGCGUAAUGGAAGCAAGAUGGUUGGGUAGAGAGGAGUGCGAAGCCAAAUUCAGUCAGCCAUAGCCUGGAACGUCUAUCGCGGGUUUGGCUGGGGCAUUGGGCUGCCCGACGCACGCGGGUCAACUUUGGGACUUUGUAGGGGUUAGGUUCACACUGCUACCGUGUACUCCAGGCAGAUUUACCAGUGACAUAAGAUAGUACCAAAGCUGGCUAAGGAAUUUCAGCUGGCCAAAGGGAAUCAUCAGCCAAACACACCCCUUGGCUUCACUCCUCUGGCAACUUUUGAUGCUAUCUUAUGCUACCGUAGGAUCUGCUUGGAGAUUAGCUACCGUGUGCUAUGGUUGAUCGGGUGGCGUAGAUCUCCAACAGCCCCGAACAACGCCGGGCCCUGAACUCACGAUACCAGAUCGGAUGCAAGGUUAUGUCAGCCCGAGCGGUGCUCACGUGCAAAUGCAGAUGACGUCAAUUGGGACUGUGUGUGUUUAUACGCAACACUCGGGGCUUCUAUUAAACUUUUACCCGUUCGUCUAGUCGUGUAAAUGUGAAGUAGUCUCUUGUAAACGGAUGCAUGUGUUGUGCAAGGUCGCCACACACGCAUGCGGAUGUUGUUAGUCACGUUUAGAACUGUCGUCUGAUAAGCCGCGGUGAGAGAAAAGCGCGGGAAAAGAGAGGGUUUACCUAGCUACUGUGUUCUCUGUCUCUCUCGGGGCAACGUUCCAAGCUUCUAAUGCGAGACUUUUGUGUCAACAUCCUGAUGUUGUAAAGACAUUUCUAAAGUGGUUGGUUGGGCCAACAAGCGGGGAAUAAAAAAGCCUUGUGUUUUGGAAGGUUCGUGUGUGGGUCAUGUUUACAAGUUGCUUUGUUGUUUUUCUGGAGGCCAAGGGCACUAGGAUGUAACACUGGGAGAAUAAAGCAUUUU